AUGAACGCGCUUCCUUCGCUGGCGCGCCUGGCGCCGCGACACGCCACCCGCAUCGCCACCCGCUCCUUUUCGCAGUGCACCCUGCCCGUCUACAGCUCGCGCCCCAAGCAGGCCGGCGGCACCUACCAGCGCCCCGCCCCCGCCACCGCCAGGACCAGCGUCGACGACCUCCACCCGCUCCCCGACUCGAUCAAGCAGAGCAUCACCGCCGACCCAGAGCCUACCGAGCCCUACACCGCCACCGGCAACUCAAACGCCCCCGAGGACCACUCGAGCCGACCCGCACAGCUCGGCCCCUCGGCGCCCGACGUCGACCCUAGCGUCGCCGCCCCCGGCCAGGUCGGCCGCGCCUCCGGGUCCAGCCCCGCAUCGUCGUCCGAGGCCUGGGGCACCAGCUUCGCCGGACUGGGCGAAAAGUCCUUCAGCAAGGACGCCGUCGACGUCCUCAACGCCCCCAUCAACGAGCAGGACGUCGAAAUCAAGCCAGACGGCCUCAUCUACCUGCCCGAGAUCAAGUACCGCCGCAUCCUCAACAAGGCGUUUGGGCCUGGAGGCUGGGGCAUGGCGCCGCGCAGCGAGACCAACGUCGGCCAGGGCAUCGUCAGCCGCGAGUGGGUGCUGAUAUGCAACGGAAGGUUCGUGGCCACGGCGCGGGGCGAGCAGGAGUUCUUCAAGCCGUCGGGCGUCCCCACGGCGUCCGAGGGCGCCAAGUCCAACGCCCUGAUGCGGUGCUGCAAGGACCUCGGCGUGGCCUCGGAGCUGUGGGACCCACGCUUCAUCCGCCAGUUCCGCAAGAAGCACUGCGUCGAGGUGUGGUGCUCGGACACGAGCGGCAAGAAGAAGAAGCUGUGGCGCCGCAAGGACGACCCGGCGUUCGAGUAUCCGUGGAAGGAGAACGGCUUCGCGUGA